AUGGGUGCCCGAAUCUCUCGUGCUUCCGCUACAAACAACGGCACGCGAGACUAUGAUGCCUUGGAUAGCUGCAUCUGGAGGCUCCGCGGGAGCAGGAGACGACCCAAUCAGGAGGAGGCAGUAUACGAGGACGCCAUGAAAAACCUCGUCGGUGCGCUCGAGGGCUUCAAAUCCGUGGACGAGAUUGACCUCCGGGACUUGACCAUCGCCGACUGCUGCUUGCGCUCGCUCGUGGCGGGCACCGCCUCCGAGGCCAGGCUCGCCUACCGCGCCAUCGGCCUCCUCGCGCUCACCGUCGGGGCCAGACCCAACAAGUACUACUUCGACGCGGUGUUCGGAGCUGCGCUUGCCGUCGCGAGGAACACGAUGCACGAGUCGUCCGACACGGCGACGCUGGUAGCCGCUCUCCAAUGCAUCGCCGCCGUCACCUUCGCCGGCGCGCGCCGGCCGGAGGACACUCAUGAGUGCAUGAAGGCCGUCAUGGCCGUGUUCAACCCAAGGUUAGCCCCCGACCUCUCCGAAACAGGCCAGAGCUGGACGGUGAGCCCUGAGAUCGUGGACGCAGCUGUGACCACUUGGACGUUGCUCCUCAGCACCCUCAUCGGCUUGAAUACCUGCCCGUACGAGUGGGAAGAGACCACGAUCCCGCCCCACCACCUUGCCGAGAUCCUCGAGAGCGACGACCUUUCUGUUCGGACGGCCGCCGGCGUGGUGUUGGCCAUGUGGGCCGAGCUCAUCCUGACGCGGCAUGCCUCGCCUAAGAACAUGCAAGAACCCGACGACAGAGUGCCCAAUCUCGCCGCCGACAUGAAGCACGGCCAGUGCCCGAAUCUGGAGGAGACGUCGACGUGGGCGAGGUUGGUCCAGCUCAGCUUCUUGAAACGGUUCCUUGGCGAGGGUUUCGACAAGCACGUUCUACAUAACCCACUCGUGCGGGAGGUGGCCACUGUCACCGAUGAUGAGGCUGAUGAGCUUGGCUGCGAUUCAACAGACGGAAAAGUACACCAUCAGUGGCACUACCGCGGCAAAGUUGUCGGAGCUAUCGAGUCGUGUGUACAAUGGGUGACGGAGAUAGCUCGGCUGGCAAACUGUUUGCGCUAG